AUGCUAUGGAACUGGAACACGGUCGAUUCAUGCUUUAUAGCGGAAUCAUGGCACAUCACCUCCAAAGGAAUGUUUGCUGGCUCUUGCAUCGGGGUAAUAUUUCUCGUUAUCUCUCUGGAAUUUCUCCGCCGCCUUGGGAAAGAAUACGAUCGCUUUCUCUUGAGGCAACAUGAGCUACAUUUGGCAAAUGCAGAAGCAGAAUCCUCUGCUGAAGCUUUUUGCCCCAAGGGUAAGUCGCUAGCGUUUACACCGUCGGUAAUUCAACAGUCUAUACGUGCUCUUUUACAUAUGGCUCAAUUUGCCGUGGCGUACAUUGUCAUGUUGCUUGCGAUGUACUUUAAUGGCUACAUUAUUAUUUGCAUCUUUAUCGGUGCCUACAUAGGCUCUUUCAUCUUCUCCUGGGAAUCUAUCAAUCUGAGAGAUAGCAAGCAGACCAGUGUUGCCAACGAGGCAACUGUUUGCUGUGGCUGA